GCCACGCCAAGACACAGCAUCGACCGAGCAGGGUCUCACUCUCUCACCUGACGCAUCCCCCAGCACCUCAACCCACCGGCGAUGUGGCCCCGGCCCCGCUCCUGCUCCCCCUUGUUGUGGCCCUGAGGGGCAGCCGAGCCGCUCGCCCCUCGCCGCAGCCCCAAACUCGCCCACGGCGCAGCCAGGAAGGCGGUGAUGGAGCAAGCUAUUGCACAAAAUGGAUCACAUGAGUUUCUCUGAGAAGCCCAUGAAGCACUGCUGUCAGCUCCAGACAUGGUAUAAAUCACAGAGACAUCCCAAAAGGUAUAAAUUCUUCGGCUGACCAAGCUGCAGCAACGGGGAAAUUUCUCAGCCUAGCAAGAGCAGAGAUUUGGAUCCCAGGCAGCAAAACAGCCUUCCCUGUUCCUCUGAUACGUCCUCUCCUCCUCAUCACAUGUUCUGCUUUCGUCCAGCCCUGGACUAUUCAAAAUGAAGUGACGCCUCUCAUUCAUGGGGCUCUCCUCCCAACAGUUAACCCUCAGCUAAAGCAUUAGCUGAACCAUGACCGAAGCGCCCGUGUGGAAGGACAGCGAGAUCGGACGCCCCAACUCCAGCAUGGGCUGUGGACACAAGGAUGACAAAGCCAGCCUGGCUUCGAGCCAGAUAGCAUCUUUCAGCCACCAGCCUCAUCAGCCGCCCUCCACUCCUGCCUCCAAGGAAGUGUGGAAAAAGGGUGGCCGCAUGUUCUCCAUCCUGCUGGCUGUGCACUUAGCCCUGCUGGCCUGCACGCUGGUGAGCAGCGGGGCUUUUGAGAAGAUUGCCGUGCAUGAUUACGAUGUCUUCUUCCUGCUGACUGUCAUGAUGCUGAUAGUCAUCAUAUGGAUCAUCUUCUACCUCGCCGGCACCUCCCGGUGCCCAGAUGCCAUCCUCUGCAAAGAUUCCCACGCUGGGCCCAUCUGGUUGAGAGGAGGCCUGGUCCUAUUUGCCAUUUUCAGCCUUGUCAUGGAUGUGUUCAAAAUAGGAUAUUACUCGAGCUUCUACAGCUGCCUAUCUGCAAUCAAAAUAAUCUACCCCAUUGUGCAAGCAAUAUUCGUGGUCAUCCAGACGUACUUCCUGUGGAUUUCUGCCAAAGACUGUGUCCACGUACACCUGAACGUUACCAGGUGCGGCUUGAUGCUAACACUGACUACAAACUUAGCGGUGUGGAUGUCAGCAGUGACAGAUGAAUCCGUUCACAAAGCACAUUCAAAGUUGAAGAAGAACGUGACAGAGGAAAUCUUCAGAUGGCUCCUGAAAGCGGGAAUGAGAAGUAGCUCAGCUGAAGAAUGCAAUUGCAACAGCCAAAUCUGCCAGAUCUUCAAGAACGGCUACUUUUGGCUAUACCCCUUUAACAUUGAGUACAGUCUCUUUGCCUCUGCCAUGGUCUAUGUCAUGUGGAAGAACGUUGGACGCUUCAUAGACCACCACUCCCACCACAUUCACCGCCUGAAGUUCAGGCUCUUCCGAAGGACCUUCUUUGUAGGCAUCGUGUUGGGCCUCAUCAUUCUGGUGAGUGGUUUGGGAGUCCUUAUUCUUUAUGAGGUGCAGGUAAAUUCCAGCACUGAAUCCAGCAAGAAGAACCAAGCACUCGCCAUGUACUACAUCUUCAACAUUGUUUGUCUGGGCCUGAUGUCUCUUGUCUGCAUUGGUGGCUCUGUCAUUUACCGGUUUGACAAGAGAGACAUGGAUCGGCACAAGAACCCAACCAGGACCCUGGACGUGGCCCUGCUGAUGGGUGCAGCCUUGGGGCAGUAUGCUAUUUCUUACUACUCCAUUGUGGCCAUUGUAGCCAGCACACCAAGGGACGCUAUCAGCGCACUCAACCUCACCUACGCCCUCCUAAUGAUUGCUCAGCACACCUUCCAGAACAUCUUCAUUAUUGAAGGCCUUCAUCGGCAACCCCCCAAGGAAGACCACAAGCACGAUUCUCGCCAGAAGGAUCUUUAUGGACUCACCUUUGUCAACAUCAAUGCAGUGUCCCUCCGUGUGCCCGACAGUGGCAGCACCUUGGCCCCUAGCACUGCCUCUGGCACUGAAGCCAUCCAUCCUUCUGACCUCGUGCGGUCCCUCACCGCCCCCAAGAGGAUGAACUGGAGGAGGAAGUUCUUAAGGGAGAUCUCCAUGUUCCUCCUGCUGAGCAAUAUCAUACUCUGGAUCAUGCCAGCGUUUGGUGCUCGGCCCCAGUUUGACAAUGACACAGAACUGAACUUCUAUGGCGAUUCCAUGUGGCCGGCCAUUGUGGACAUUUGCCUGCCCUUUGGGAUCUUCUACCGAAUGCAUGCAGUGGCCAGUUUGCUGGAGGUCUACAUCAUGUCCUAAAGAACUCUCUUGCAAGGAAGAUGAGAUCCUCCUCAACCAAUCCACCUUCUUCCUACCCCUGGGCUGGGAGACUGCCCAGAUGUCCCAAGGGGUCCCCAGCACCCCUUGAAUCAUGUCCCCUUGCAGUGUUGGGGCAUUUAUGAACUAUCAGUGAAGAUCAUCCAAACAUAGUCCAGAUUUUAUUUUUGCUACUUGUGUGUGGAUGUGCCUGUGUGUGUCUGAAGUUCUUAAAGUUUAAAAGAAAAAAGAUAAAAAAAGGAAGGUGUCCAGAGUAGGAUCACGGUAAUUACCCUUGGUUCAUGCAGAGACUCACCUUCCUUCCUAAAAUCCUGUUCACUCCAUGCCACUGAUGUACUCUCCAGUGGGUGCUCAGCACCCUUGGACAGUCAAUGCCUGCCUGCACACAGAAACCCCCUGGGUACGAGGGGCUAACACAGGUGUGGAAGGCAAAGAAAGGGAAACCACUUCAACUUCAGGUACGGCCAGUCAGAAAUCACUCCCCUGCAGAGAUGUGAAAAGCAAACCAGUGACCACCGAAGGCUUUGGGAAACAUUUUAAUCUUUCCUCUCUCUAUUGCCCGUUUAUAUUGGCCCUCUUGACCCUUCCCUGUAUCAGCCCCUGUUGUUUUCUUUCCUCUCCUGAGAGGCAUCACUGCAGCUUCCUCUUCCCGAGGGGCAGGUUGUCUCUACAGGAGAGCUGUGCAUGUGAUGUGGUCCUGGGCUGGCCCUGAUCUGCAAUUGCUCUAAGCACACUUUUUUGCCCAGUUUUCCUGAAUCAGGGCUCAAGAAACAUAAAGAUCACAUGGGCAAUACAGUCUGGGGAAUGAUCAAGAGAUUUCUUUUCCUUUUUCUUUUUUUUAAAUAGAUAAUGAUUUUUUUUUAAUAUAUGAACGUUUUUGUACGUGAAGUUAUUUAUUGAUUUUCACUGUAACACUGAACUCCUGAAGGGGCCUCCUGUGCCCUAUGACACAGAAAUCAAUCCAAUGCCACAGACAAUUUGACCUCCCAUGCCCUGAAGGGAUGCUUGUGCUGCACUCUGUGUGUUUUGAAGCUGUGAGCACAGCCCCGGCGCACAUAGCAGUGGGGCUCUGACACGGAUUUCUGGGUUCCUGCAGCUCUCCAUGAACCACUGUAUGAUUGAGGGGGCUUUCAGAGCAGGACUCCUGGGCUGCAGGAGGUAGAAAUGGGCCCCGGUUCUGUACCCAGAGCCCAAGCAGAGCCUCAGAAAACCCACGCCGCCAGGUCGGGAGGGUGCAUGCCAAAACAACACAGCUAAGCUUUGUCUGUACACUGAGGCAUCAGGGUUUACUGUUCCAAUAAAGGGCUUAUUGUUCUA